AUGUGCAUGGAAUCAGUUCAAGAACUUCCAGAUGACAACAUCUCUUGGCACAUCUUGGUUGGAACAAUCAUAACUAUUGUCCCAGCUACACUUUGUGUGAUCUUGCGAUUUAUCUCCCGCCAUGUUGCCCGUGCUGGACUAUGGUGGGAUGACUAUACCAUUGCAGUAGCCUUGGUCUUCAACUGGGCCCUGGCUAUCUUGAGAUGGGUAGAGAUUGCAUUCUAUGACUAUGGCCGUCACUCUCAAUAUAUCUCAUCUGAGAACAUUGAAAACUUCCUAAUGACCUUCAUGGCAGUUCGGAUCGUAUACUUCACCAAUGCUGUCUUUACCAAAGCAUCAUUGCUGCUCCUCUUCCAUCGAAUCUUCGGUGUUGUGAAAGGCUUUCGCUGGGCCCUAUGGACCUCCGGCGUUCUGGUCAUUGCAUACUUCAUCGCGUGUGCAAUUACCGCAAUUGCAGGGUGUUCGCCACCAUCCAAAUUCUGGAACCCAAGCCUGCCAGGUCAUUGUAUCAAUAUAGUGGCAUUCUUCAGGUGGAAUGGCGUUGCCAAUAUGUUUCUCGACCUUUUGGUCCUUUGCCUCCCGCUUCCUAUGGCGUGGCGUGUGAAGACUACCGUUCGACAGAAGUGGGUUUUGACGGGACUUUUUCUGCUUGGUGGCUUUGUCUGUGUAGUCUCAAUUCUCCUCAUCGUCAGUUUCGACCUUUCAGACGUGAACGAUCCCACUUAUACAAGUAUCGAUCCAUCAACUUGGUCCUCAGUUGAGCAGUCUGUUGGAAUAAUUUGUGCCUGUCUUCCUACCCUUCGACCUCUUAUUCGACGGUUCCUCGGUUCCUCGGGAGCAUCUGCGAGCAGUCCUGCUUCUGACUCCCAGAUACGGUUGCCGGCACCUGUUGACGAGGAGAGUGGUAUUAUGGGAAGUAUCCUGUCAUCUGCACCGCGUGCGCACAUUCGUUGCGCCACUUCAAACCAGCUAUGCAUGUUCCAAACUGUCAACCGAUCUUCAGAGUCCCACUAG